AUGCGCUCCUCCCGCUCGCGCGACGCCCCCACCAGAUCAAAAGCCCUCCUCACCCUCAAGCUCUCCGGCUCCUCCUUCCUCGACACCGUCAUUCGCGACGACCGCACCAAAGACCCUCUCUACAUCCUCGAGACCUCCAACGACCUCACCACCAUCUACCGCCUCGACCACCCUCGAGACGAGCCCAUCAAAGCCGCCACCGUCCAAUGGCCCCUCCACCCCGUCCGUGUCAAGGGCAAGUCGGGCAGGACUGUUCAGAUCGGAGGCGGCAGCUGGAGAGAGGCCGAGGAGUUCCUCAAGUCAGGCCCCCUCGGCAACACUGCUGUGCGCAAGUUCAGCCUCCCCCACUAUCCCAACAGCCUCAAGUGGAAGCUCAUUCCUGGCAACUGCUUCUGUUGUGUCACCAACCCAGUAAAAGGUCCUGUCGCGGUUCUCGAUGCGGCCACCCUCAGCGCCCCGCCCCGAAUAAAGAUCUUCGACACACUCAUUGACAAGGAUGUAGCGCGCUCUCAGGACAACUACAAGGGCAUCCCCACCUUACUCCUCGACUACCUCAUCGUCACCGCCUUCAUCCUGGUCACAGACGUCCAAGAGUGGCUGGACCGGCCUCGAGACUCUCGUAUCCCCGGCGGCAGCUCAUACACUGUCCAGCGUUGGUUGGCGCUCAUUCACAAUCGGCCACCACCCCCUGAACCCGAACACCCAACCGUCGAUCUGAGCCUGACGGUACCCUCGACCCCGCCUCACUCUGCGACAUUCCCGUCGCCCGGAGGACUUUGGGAGACCCAGAGUGGAGUUACAUCGCUGUCUGGGUCGAAUGGUUCGGGUUCAGGUGCGUCGUACAUCCAGGACCCUUUCUCCCCGACCACCCCCGGUACACCCGCCACGCCCGCGACGUCAACACAUUCGUCCGCCUUCUUCUCCCGUGGGAUCGAAGAACCUCCCCCUGUUCCGCCGGUACCGGGCUCUUCGUCAGGCGCGUCCCCUUUCGCCUACAACGCGCAGUCGUCUUCGCAGGCUCGCGAGCGUCCCAAGUCAGGGCCACAAACCUCGUCGCACGCGCCUAGUUCGUCGACGUCCAAGCGGCAUACUGCGCGACAUCCAUACGGAGUCACUGAGGAUGGGGAAGACUCAACACCCUCACCACGACCACGACCCUCUCAGACGCUGUCUCUGCCGCCUGGCUCUACGAUAGCCGCCUCGCUAUCUACGUCAGCUCCGCCCACACCCCUUCCUCCACCCCCCACUGCUCAGUCGACGUCGUCCAACUCCUCCACCUCGUCUCGGCCAGCUCGUCGAUUGCCUACUCCACCAGGGCCCGCGCCCGAGCAUUCCUUUGCCCAGCCAUGGCUAAACCCCUCCACUCCUACUGCAUCUUCAUCAUCAUCGUCUGCCCUUCCGCCAGCGCCAUCUGCAUCAACGUCGAGUCCUGGAUCUUCUAACCCAAACGCGCGUGCUGCGAGAGCGUCUAUGCGAGGUGCCCUGCGCAACCACAUCCCACCACCAGCACCACCCCCUCCACAACACACGCUGCCUUUGCCCCCGAAGCUUGCUCAGGAACAACAGGGGCACGCCCCGAGCCAGCCGGCGCCCGACUACGACACGCACUCGUUCGUCAACAUGGCGCCCCCAUCAGUACCACCUGUUCCGGCGCCUACCGGUGCCAGCCCUGGUGCCAGCGGUGGGCUGCGCUCGCCCUCUACAGGCCGGCGCGUGCUCGCCGUGGUCAACAUCGACGUGCAGUCUCAAGAAGGUUUGCCCGAGCGCAACAUGCGAGUGCGAGGCAGAAUAUCGUACGCCGAGAGCGUGUACGAAGCCCCGCCCCCAGCAUAUGACGCCAUCGACUUCUCGGUCCCUCCAGUCCCUUCAGUGCCCCAUAUGCACUCGUUGUCCCGCAUGGCGUCGCACCCGCAUCUUUCCGUUGCGCAGCCGAUGUCGCAUCCAGCCCCGGGGGCGAUCACCCCACUACCUGUGCCGCCAACGGAUCCAGGAGGGGAGGGACAACGCGCGUCAUGA